UCGGUGUCAGAAAGGCAACUUCACCAUAUUUAGCUGGCUUGCCGAAGCCCCGCACAGUUGAUCUGUCAACCAGACCGAAACACUCGACACUUCUCGGAUGAUACUGGUCUGUGUUGACAGCUUUAUUUUUGCACCUGGAUACAUACUACAGAGGACGACGUCGUUGGGAGAUGGUGCUGAGGAAACGGGGCCGUGUCAACGGCUGUCUUUAACGCGAUAAAAGAAGUCGUCGUCUGUCAGAAUUCCAACUAUCUAACAGCCGAGCUAGCCACCUAGCUUAUCAUAUUAGCCACUCCGAUUCUUCGUUGUAACUCGAAUACUUAUUUAUGUCAUAUAUUUUAAUCCUCAUCUAUCGUUAGGUAUUCGUUUGGACCCCGUGCCUCUGCUGCUAUGAUAUCCUGACAGCUCCUGUCCUGCGUUCCUGCCACUUUCCUCUGCCUGGCUAGCGAGCUAACUUGGCUAACUAGCAGGUUUUCACAGCCGUUGAGCAACCAGUAGCUUUCUCCGUGGCAGUGAAAUCCGAUUUGAUACGGUGACUGUGCGUGAACGGGGGGUCACCGAGGACCCUCGACCGGUGAAACGACCCUACCGAAGGACCCCCCUCCCUCCCUCUUUUGAAAGCCUGCAAGGAGAGGAGCUGAAGGAGACCAGGGCGCUUGGCCAUACAGCGCUGCAGAGGCGGCGCACUGCCGAAGGAGACACCGGACUGAACGGAGGAAGAGUCCCAAAGGUUUGACAACUGUGAUCCGGGAAGUGAACCGGGCAGGACCUCAUGAAUGGAAAUCGGAACUACAGCAGCCGUUGGGGCUCAGUCCCUGUUCGCCAUGCCACGGCGGCCCGGCUAUGGCACCAUGGGGAAGCCCAUCAAGCUGCUGGCCAACUGCUUCCAGGUGGAGAUCCCCAAGAUGGAUGUCUACCUCUACGAGGUGGACAUCAAGCCUGACAAGUGUCCACGACGAGUCAACAGGGAGGUGGUUGACUCGAUGGUGCAGCACUUUAAGGUGACCAUCUUUGGGGAUCGCAGGCCAGUCUACGAUGGAAAGAGGAGCCUGUACACAGCCAAUCCACUGCCUGUGGCUCCAACAGGGGUGGACCUGGAUGUCACUCUACCGGGGGAGGGAGGCAAAGAUCGACCCUUCAAAGUUUCCAUCAAGUUUGUGUCUCUGGUCAGCUGGCACAUGCUCCAUGAGGUGCUGACUGGCCGCAGUAUGCCUGAGCUGCUGGAGCUGGACAAACCCAUCAGCACCAACCCUGUGCAUGCAGUGGAUGUGGUGUUGCGACACCUGCCCUCCAUGAAGUACACUCCAGUCGGUCGCUCCUUCUUCUCUGCUCCAGAGGGCUACGACCAUCCCCUGGGAGGUGGGAGGGAGGUUUGGUUCGGCUUUCAUCAGUCUGUGCGCCCAGCCAUGUGGAAGAUGAUGCUUAACAUUGACGUGUCUGCCACUGCCUUCUACAAAGCCCAGCCAGUCAUCCAGUUCAUGUGUGAAGUACUGGACAUCCACAACAUAGACGAGCAGCCUCGCCCUCUCACAGACUCGCACCGGGUCAAAUUCACCAAAGAAAUCAAAGGUUUGAAGGUGGAGGUGACGCACUGUGGAACCAUGCGGAGGAAGUACCGCGUCUGCAACGUGACCCGCCGGCCUGCCAGCCAUCAAACGUUCCCCCUACAGCUGGAAAAUGGUCAGACUGUAGAGCGUACUGUAGCCCACUACUUCAGGGAGAAGUACAACCUGCAGCUUAAGUACCCACAUUUGCCCUGUCUACAGGUGGGCCAGGAGCAAAAGCACACCUACCUGCCUCUAGAGGUGUGUAACAUUGUAGCUGGUCAAAGGUGCAUCAAGAAGCUGACAGAUAAUCAGACCUCCACUAUGAUCAAAGCCACAGCUCGCUCCGCACCCGACAGGCAGGAAGAGAUCAGCAGGCUGGUUCGCAGUGCCAACUAUGAAGCAGACCCCUUCGUGCAGGAGUUCCAGUUCAAAGUGCGUGACGAAAUGGCCCACGUGACGGGGCGAGUGCUACCCGCCCCCAUGCUGCAGUACGGCGGCAGGGUGAGCACAGAGCACUUUAUGAACCGCACCGUAGCCACGCCCAGCCAUGGGGUGUGGGACAUGAGGGGGAAGCAGUUCCACACCGGGGUGGAGAUCAAGAUGUGGGCCAUCGCCUGCUUUGCCACACAGCGGCAGUGUCGAGAAGAAAUCCUAAAGGGUUUCACAGACCAGCUACGUAAGAUCUCUAAGGAUGCUGGGAUGCCCAUCCAGGGCCAGCCAUGUUUCUGUAAAUACGCCCAGGGAGCAGACAGCGUGGAACCCAUGUUCAGACACCUGAAGAACACCUACGCCGGACUGCAGCUUAUCAUCGUCAUUCUGCCGGGAAAGACUCCCGUCUAUGCUGAAGUAAAGCGUGUGGGGGACACCCUCUUGGGCAUGGCCACACAGUGUGUGCAGGUGAAGAACGUAGUGAAGACGUCGCCUCAAACCCUCUCUAACCUCUGCCUCAAGAUCAACGUGAAGCUGGGAGGCAUCAACAACAUCCUGGUGCCUCAUCAACGACCAUCAGUGUUUCAGCAGCCAGUUAUCUUCUUGGGAGCAGACGUUACACAUCCCCCUGCUGGUGAUGGGAAGAAGCCUUCGAUUGCAGCAGUGGUUGGAAGUAUGGACGCCCACCCCAGCAGAUACUGUGCCACUGUGCGGGUCCAGAGGCCAAGGCAGGAGGUCAUCCAGGACCUGGCCUCCAUGGUGCGAGAGCUGCUCAUUCAGUUCUACAAGUCAACACGCUACAAGCCGACCCGCAUCAUUUUCUACAGGGACGGGGUUUCAGAAGGCCAGUUCAGACAGGUGCUGUAUUAUGAGCUGCUGGCCAUCCGUGAGGCCUGUAUAAGCCUGGAGAAGGAGUACCAGCCUGGCAUCACCUACAUUGUUGUGCAAAAACGCCACCACACACGCCUCUUCUGUGCCGACCGCAACGAGAGAGUUGGACGCAGUGGAAACAUUCCUGCUGGUACUACCGUGGAUACGGACAUCACGCAUCCCUACGAGUUUGACUUUUACCUCUGCAGUCACGCUGGAAUACAGGGCACCAGCCGGCCCUCCCACUACCAUGUUCUGUGGGACGACAAUUGUUUUACCGCUGAUGAGUUCCAGCUGCUCACCUACCAGUUGUGCCACACCUAUGUGCGCUGUACCCGCUCAGUCUCCAUCCCUGCGCCUGCCUACUACGCCCACCUGGUGGCCUUCCGCGCCCGCUACCAUCUGGUGGACAAAGAACACGACAGCGCCGAGGGUAGCCACGUGUCUGGUCAGAGUAACGGUCGGGACCCCCAGGCGCUGGCCAAAGCUGUCCAGAUUCACCACGACACCCUGAGGACCAUGUACUUCGCCUGAGCUCCACCAACCCUCCCCCCUAAUCAUUGCCACCUUUUACACACACAGACGUAACCGUACACGCCUGGCUUGCCAGUCAAGGAGUCCUCAUAUGUGCAAGUCCCGCCCCCCCACACACACUGAGUCAAUCCGGACCUGACACUGUGCAGAGGAGAGCAGGGAGGAGGGAGGGGAGGAGGCACCCCCACACUGGACUGAGGAUGCAAAAGCUGCUUUAAAAACAAACAAACAAGAGAGAAACUCAGCACUAUUAUGCAAUAUUAAACCAGCCAACUAGUUUGUUUCCUCCCUCAUCAGGCCCCCUUUUUUGUUGCCCCUUCUUUCUGUCUCUUCUUCCCUGUUUGUCUCCUUUACUUGUGGCCUGUGGGUUUUUAAUUUUCCCUCCUCUUUUGGCUCAGUCUCUCUCGCAGUCUACUAAUCUGCUGCUUUGCCAUCUACAGUACCUCAAGUCAGUUAGAGCAGCAGCACUUUUACAUUCUGCCAGUUUUACUGUCGUUCGUUGUCGAAUCUCCCCGGUUUAAGAGAUGAGGGAGCAGAGAAGGAAGAGUCUGAAGGUGUGGAGUGGUGGAUUAAUUUUCGAUUUAAUUCCAUCAGAUUAGUCCUCCCAGCUGCCACUUUUAUUCCCCUUUUCUUCUUAUUUCUGCUUGUGUCUGUUUUUAGUCUAUGAAAUCACCAGUUUGUUUUGAGCACACUGCCACCUGUUGGCGACGAGGUAUGAAUACCCCCUUAAAGCCACAAGAGUUGUUUUCCAAUCACUUUUCUGUCUCAUUUAAACAGAGGCAAUCAACAGUGGCUGAUAUAUCAAUUACUCUACAGUAUGUUUUCCUUUUUAAGUAUAACACUGUUAUUUAAUUCUCUUUUAAUUUCUUUUACAUUAUGUGAAACAUUUUAUGACUUUUUAAAUCAUUUAUAAGCUUAUGUUUUUAUUGUUCUUAUAGUCAGCCUGCUUUAAUUCCCCUUUAGUGCUUUAUCUCACAUUUCCCUCUCUUGAGUUCGAGACGGUGAGUAAACCGAGAUCACGUCGAUGGUUUCCUCUUGUGCAAUAAUCAGAAGGGACGAGGACUGUAGGGGACUAUGAAAGAAAAGCUUCACAUUUCAUUAGAAAGUCCUCAAACAGAGAGAAGUUUGAGCACUUUCAGACAGAUGAUUGAUCAGCAUGUUUUAUGAGUUUGUCCUUGCUGCUGGGCAAAAAAUAAUGGUGCAGUUUUCAUGUUUUACUUGAAUUGAAGGAUGUUAUGCACCUCUGUGGUUUGAGGAAACUUUUAUUAACAGCGGAGGGUAAUUUCAGAGUUUGAUAAUGAGGCCGAUUUUCCUGAUUCCUGAGAAUAACAAAGCUCAGCUGACUGCAGCAAAGCGGAGAAUAAAGGCCAUAAAGAGGAAGUAUUCAAGUGCCUGGUGGAGGAAAAGUGUUCCUAGGAAUUAUAUUUAAGCGGGAUAAAAUAAUCGAGCAGCAUAUUCCAAUAAAUAGACAGCAUACGAUGGUUAAAAGCAUGAAAGUUCACCCGAUGCCUCUUAUUCCUCUCAACAACCGUCUACUGACUUUUAUACACAUCUCAUUCAAUCAUCCUGAAAUCGAUAUAUAUUUCUUGUGUUUGCCUAUACAGCAGUGUUAGCUGUGUUAGUGGCUUUUUGCAGUUUAUGUCUAAUCUUCACCAGACAUGGAUCCAGCUGCUAGUGUAUUUCUAAAAGGACAUGUUCAUGGGUAACGGAGUCAGCCUUGAAUCUUUAAAUAAUCCAGAAGAAAUCACCAGUUAAGGUGUAUUCCAGCCCGUGUAAAUAGCGGAGUUGGCUUCAGAACAAAGCUGAGGAGUGACUGAUAUCUGAUAAAAUGAAACAUGAUGGAGUAUUGUCAUAACUUAGCUCCUCUGUGCUGCUGAAGAUCGUCUGGGGAUGUUUUUUUUCAAAGUUAUCUGCACUAAAAGAAGCUGUGUUUGGGGUCUGAACACAGGCGUGGUGCUACUCUGUCUGAAGCUGAACCUUUAUGUGAGACUCCGGAUGCGCAGGCGGGAAAAAUCAAAGACAUAACCUCACUUAAAGACGGAAAAGGUGCUGUGGUCGGUUGGGGGCGCUUUAGAUUUUGCUCGGCAGUCAUGUAUGAUCGGUACAAAUGUAGAGACAUAGAGACGGUCCUGCAUCCGCUGUUGCAUUCGACUGCCUUUCCUUGGCCAGUGGGUUUGAGCCUUCGUGAUUUCACUAGUGUCUGAAAGCCUUUUUAAAAAAGCCAGAUUGAAAGUAUAUUUGUACAUUUUAAAUUAUGUAAUGCACACCACUUAUUUUUGCUAACAGAAUAAAAAAGUAGUCUAAAAAUGAUUAAUCUUAGUAAAAUAUGUAUCCUGAUAAGUAAAAAAGAUAUAAUAACAAAGUUUUAUUAUCGCAAUAGACUGUUGACUUGUUCCUGUGUCACUAUCGUGUAUGUGUGAACAGUGGUGGGGUUGUUGUGUUUGGACUGUCAAACUGUUAUUGAUCGGGAUGUGGACUUAAACCGCCUCGUGCUUUGAUGUUUGGGUAAAAAACUGCAAGAAUUACAAUGCUUACUACUCUCCUUUUAUAUGGUAGAUGUUCUUAUUUUGGAGGUUUGUUGUAAUGGAGAGAAAAUACUCCAGGAGGCUUUUGUAUUAAGAAAUUACAGCCCUUGUGGCGACAAUAGAAGAAGAAUUGUUGGUGUAUUGAGCUUCUACUCUUGAAUGUUUUCUUCAAAUGGUGCUGAUGCCUGCCCACGACUGAAAAGAAACGGGCAAGUGGGGUUUGAAAGUGUUGUCAAUUCACCUGUGAGGACACGUGUGGUCAAACAAUGUCUGAACAAGAGCUAGUAGUUCUCCAUUCCUUUCCUUUUGUGUUAAAUCCUCGGGGGGAUUUAGGCCGGAUUGCAGCCUGUGCUGCUUUCCUCACACUUGGAGUCACUUCAUGUGCUCGCAAAACACAAAGAGUCAGCCUCCUGGUAAAUCUGCGCUGUGACAAAGCCUGUAAUCUCAUUGUUGCUCUCUUUUUCCACUUUUGCUCCCGUACAUUUACUCCCAAUGUGCCAGAGGAGUACAUUCCACAGGCGUACAAUCCCAUCCGAUCCCCCCCUGCUGGGAGGUGAAAGGCAGACUGAAGCUGAAGGACAUAGGGCUGUCAAGACACCAGAGUUUUAAAUGACAAUGAUUGGACUCUGGAAAAAAUCAAUCUUAGACAUCCAAUUCUGGAUCAUUUCUUAUUUUAGUCUUUAAAUACUGCAGGAAAGCUCUUGCACAAUGUGGAAAUUGCACAAAUAUUCUGAUGCUCACAAUUUGAGCAGUUUGCUUCUUCAGCGUUUAGUUAAAAAUCAGACUGAAGAUCUGACUUUUAUUAAAUCUCUGGUACUUUUCAAUACUGUCGAUCAUUAAAAUAGCAGAGAAUGUAUUGUUUUAAAUCACAUGGUACCAAAAAAGAUAAAAAUGUCCGACUUUUUGACAACCCUGGAAGGAUAAUAGUUCAGUUCAUUAAGAUGUAGUCGAUCCUGUUCAUUCAAAUACGUGUGAUUUAAAGCCCCUGUAAAGUGAAUUCCAAACUUUGUGUCUUAACUCACAUGAAAUGUUGGAAUACAGUUGCUGUAAGGUGAAAACACAGAUCUAUGUGGGACUGAAUUUUUUAUUUAGACCAUCAGAAAGUUGUUCACCUCUUUCCUGGCUUAGUUUUAUUUGAGCAAGGCAAAUAUAGGAGCCCAUGAACACACCAGUCUUGAAGGGGAAUUACCCUGCCCCCCUAACACUACAAUAAUUAAACACCUCUGAGCAGUCCAUCUCAGUAGUCUGUUGUUAGCUGAUGUCACUGUCUUUGCCAGUGGCCUAUGGGUCAUUAAAAAUAUCGUUACUGAGAGGUUUGUGCCAGAUAACAGAAAAUUUUUAAAUCUGUCUCUGCUCUGGCACAGAGCAAGGCAGCUGCGCACUAAUCAGAAGUAUUUUCUAAAAUGUUAGAAAAUUGUGUUUCUUUUGAGUGGGCAUGACUUCAGUUCAUUCAACAGACACACCCACAAAAUCCUAGAGCAGUUUUUACUGCCUCAUUUUUCAUGAUUUUGAAGCCUGGUUUUAUAAACUUAGAAAUGUUUUUCAUAACUCAAAUUUGGCCUGGUGGUGUAUAACACAGUGGCCUGUCAUACAGCAAACCUAGAAAGACAAUUUGUUUUUAUCACUUUACAGGGACUUUAAGAAGGAAUCAAAGCUGAUAGAUGAUAAUUUUUGUGGCCGGCUGUGUUGAAAGUCUGAUUGUAAGAGUUCAAAUCAAGGUAAAGCUUGCUCUCUCUGCUGUCUGUGAUGGUUGUUAGGUAUGUUCAUGAACUACACUCUCUAGGGCACUUGAACACAUGUUUACAUAGCAGAUGUGUUUGCCUCACGUACAGCUGAAAUGUCAUCAGCUCUGCUUCGCAAAUAUUAGCUUGUAGUGAAGUGACCUAACAUGAGAAAGACCAUUCAGGGCCUGUGGAAGUGAAUGCUUGAAGGGACGACGUAAUUUAAAGAGUUUAUUUCCCCCCUCAUUGGACAUCUUUGCUGCACAGUGAGGGAAUAGAUUAGUUUGUUCUUCCGAUUCUAUUAAAGUGACUUGUCAGGACACACAAAGCUCGCAGCUAGUCGAGGCUUUUGCUCUCAGUUAGGAUCCCCAAAGGUGUUGACAAGUCUUUUUAACAGAAGCUGGAAAAACAAACAUUUUAUCCACAAAGUGACAGAGUCUGGUGAAGAAAAAUGGCCAAAUUACCUUUGAAAGGUCAGUGUCUCGAUUCCUGUCAAGUUUAAGUGUAUUUCAUUUUGAGUAAUGAUCAAUAAAUCUCGGAUUUUUGUUGCAGUGGAAGGUAGCAAAGGGGUGAGAAAAAGUCCACAGAAAGUGCCUUUCCUCUUGAUGGUGCUGUAAACUGAAAGACAAAAUGUAAAAUCAGACUCCUUUUCAAGAACACAUAGCAGUGCAGGAACGGCUGCAUUCACUCUUUGUUUUUUUAGAGACGCCAAUAUGAGCUUGUGUUCCAUUGUUUUAGAUAUAAAGUCGACAUAGAAAUAGAUAAAAAGCCAAGUAUAUGGUUGUGGUUGAGCUUUCGCUUCCUAGUGCAUUUAGUGUCUUGGACCAAUGGUGUCGUUGGUACAGUGAAUGUGCGAUAGGUUGGAUGGUUUUUGGGGUUCGUUGGGGUUGUUUUAAGGUGGCACUUGUGUGGUUUGACACGGCCCAGUCCACGAAUGACAAACAUAGCACAGCACUUUAGAGACUGCCACUCUCAUCCUGACACAUCGCUAAGAGGUUUCCCCCUCCAGUCCCUGUUCUCCCUCUUCCCCUUGAAGCAGGAGGAGAGGAUCCAAACUGAGGAGUUGAAGGGGCGUGUGCUACCAAACAAUAGCAGUCGGUCAUUAAAAGGGUGCCUCAAUGCUCUUGUGAUUUUGUUGGCAGCUUGAUUGCCUUCGGGCGGGGGAUUCCCUCCUGGAAACUCUGCUGGACAUUUUAAUUUUUCAGCUAGGGCUGGGUGUCAAACAGAAUGUUUUGAUUAAAAUUGGAAGCAGUAGUGACUUUAAAACACCUAGAUGUUUUUACAGAAGUGGAUUCUGGCAGUUUGAUAUCAAGAUUUUCUUCUUGAAGGGCUUUUAAGAAUAAAGAUCUCCAAAAUGUGGCAUGUGGUUUUCAAGUACACAGAUCAAUGCAUCACACUAGCUCAGUAAUGCACCCUAAAACAAUGAAGUUCAUCAUGUGGCAAAAUCAGUGCAGUGCUAUUGAAGAUUCUAAUGCGAACCAUUGCCAGCAAAAUGUAAUAAAUCAGUGUUUUCCAAUUAAAAGUUAUGAUAUUCGUUAAUUGCAUUGGUGUAGUAGGGGACAGGUUAAUGCUUAGGUCUAGUUUUAGGAAUGGAUAACAGGAAAUCAGGAUGGAACAAGCAGAAAUAGGUAUUUAAAAUGUUCAAUGAUGCCCAGCCCUAGUAGCAGCAGCCCCUGGCGUUCUCAUCUUAGCCCCCCGCCGUGUGUCUUGGCCCUGAUGGAGAGAACGUGUGCCCAGCAGUCCUGAGCCAGGAGGGUGUGGACUGAUAGAUUUUUAGGGUGGUCUGUAGGUCAGUGGGAACCUUUUCAGUCCGGGGGAUGAAAUGUUUCUAUUACAAGAGAUCUCUAAAAACACUGCACCUCACUUACCUUGGUAUGCUGCAUAUGUUAUACUACAUGAAAGAAAAAAACUGCAAACUGCUUUUAAUAUGACAUAUAAUGCUUGAGUAAUGCCUGAUUGCGAUAUUCUUAUACAGUAACUAUUUUAGAGUUAAAUAAGUAUAACUGUAAAAAAAUAUUCUGUUUUUGUCUUAACACUUAUCCGAUUUUGACGAGUUGUUCUUGAGCCGAAUUUUGUUUUGUUGUCUAUUUAAAUGUGUCGUUUCUUUGAAAUUUAUAUAUGAAAUAUAUAUGUGCGGAAUAUUUUAUGGUGUAUUUAUUGAGAGUGCGUUCAAGCGGCUGGAGUCUCCGCAUCAUAUUGCAGCAUGGCGGGGGUGGAGCCUGGAGUAAAACGAGGCCUUUAGCCCCUCUCCCUCCAUGUUGACGCCUUAUUCUCUUAGACACGCAAGCACAACAAUAUGGAGGGGGGUGUGAGGUGGAGGGAAAGGAUGAGGGUGAUUUGACCUCCUGAUUCGGAGCUGUGGAUCACAUCUCAGGUCUAAUCUCCCUCUUUCUUCCUUUAUAUUCUUUCUACCCUCCACUUUUCUUUUUUUUACCAACUUUAGAAGGCCAAACGCUAACCCCCACAUGUUGCAGCUCAUCUCUGACGAAGGGAACCAUUUCUGAACCACACUGACUUAAGUGGCGAAUAGCUGAUUUUUUUUUAAAUUUCUCAUCCCAUGCUGCUAAUUGGUACGUUAGCCAUGUCAAUCCCCCAAGCCAGUAGAGGAAAAGCAAAAAAGAAAAAAUCAGCGAGGGAAGGAAGGAGAGAUGUUCAAAAAGGCAGAAUUCUUUAGAUACUGGUGAAAAUGUUUGCCCAAAUGUUGCUUCUUCUUUCCUCUUAAUUUUAUUUCUUGUGCCAGAACAUUUGACUACAGCAAACAGGUCUGAUUCCACAAAAAUAAACACAUGCCUCAGCCUUAAGUGCGUUCUUAGGUAUUCGUCAGAUUUCUAUGUGACUUUGUGAUGCCUGUGUUAGGCAGCCUACCAAGAAAACAAGCCUACGAACAUACUGGUAUCUUCAUCUCUACUCAUUUCUCAUAAUAACCACUAGCAUUGCUACAGGAUUUUUAAUGUACGAACAAGUGUAAGCUUUCGAUGAGUUACUCUGUGCUGUUUGUACUGAUGUCAGAACAGAAACCAGGCCUGGGUCAAACGACAUUAGGGAACAAUUCUUGGAUUUUCAAAAAUAUUGGCAAUCCAAAAAGAAAUGAUAAAAUGAUAAAAAGUCUUGAUCAUGCCAUAAAACUUGCUGGUAAUUGUCCUUUUGUGAAGGCCCCGAUGGGACAUGGCAGGACAACUCAUAGACCAAUGGUUUUUAACCUUUUUUUUUUUUUUUUUUUUUUUUUUUUGCCUAAAGCAAACCUAAGAUCACGCCAAAAUCUCAAGGCAUACCAUAUCUAUAUCCACACAAAAUUGCCUCUUUCAAACAUGUAACAGUAACUUAAGUUGCACACCAGUGUGCCAUUUGAGAACCACUCAUAGACUGUAUAAGACAUGGACAUCGCCUCAUUGGUUUUUAAAGGUGUAUUUAGAAGCCAAAUGAUGACAGUCGUCAUAUUGGAAAUGGUAUCUUAACCUAACAAUGUGUCAGUCUAGUGACAGACAGUGGUGGAGCUAAGGUGGGCCUUAAACCACCUGGUAAACAGCUACAACACACCAACCUGUGAAUCAGCUUAGCUGCACCCCCAAUCAUGCAAAUUUAAAAAAGAUUUUUAGGAUUAGCACAAAUCAAAACCAGUGACUUCUAACAAAUUCACCCGUUAUGGUGUAAACAAACAAAAAUUGAGCUAUACAAGCCAAAUUUGUUUGCUGUACAAAGCUUUAAACAAGUGUUUUUCUGUUCAUUUAUAGCAAAUCCAAAAGCAGUGAUUAUAGGUGCAGUUUGACCCGGGCCUGACAGGAGACACAAAGUUUGUCAAAGUGCUGGAUUACAGAGACCUGUGCCUGUAUAAUGAACCAAGAAUGACUUGUGUUGUGAUGAAUCUGUUUCUUUUUUUUUUUUGGACUGUUUUCAUUGGUUGUCCCUCAGCCAAUCAGAGGAUCAGAGACAUGGAGCUUUUGGGUGUUUUCCCUCCUGUUCUAGAGUGAAACUAAAAGGCCCUCUGUGCUUAAAUCAAUGUUUACUGUAAUGUUUACUCCCAUGGUUAUCAGAUGUUUAACCUGUUGUCAUCCCAUUAUCAUUCCAAUAAUGACUUUGAACCAAAUAUUGCACAAGAGAUUAGGCUCCUGACGCCAUGUUUCCCUUGCAUACAGAUGACAGAUACUCGGCCGUGGCCAAGGAUUUAACACAGUAUGUGUGCGCGCUGAUUGUCAUACUUUAUUUCCAUGUAGCAUCUUGUGUCAAGUUUGAUUUUAAAGACCCUGGGCUCUGAAACCUCUUAGUGAGGCACCAGCAAACAGAUGAACAGUGAACUUUCUCCACCAGAUGAUCCAUGUCUCAGUUUCUCUGUGUGCGCUGCAAAGCCUCUGUUGUACCAACAGCUCUAUUCCUCUCUGUUUGAAUGUCUCUUUCUUUUGUAACUCUCAUAUGUUGGCCUUUUAGUGUUGCUUUGCUUCAGUUUGAAGUGUAUCUUUGACUAAUACUUGCAAUAAAAUGCUUUGCUUUA